AGAUCACUGCAAUUCAUCACCACACACUCCUCCCCCCUCAUCGCGGGCGUCCUCACCGGCGGCGAAGCAGCAGCGGCGCCAAGAUGAACCACCUCUCGCUCCUCCACCAUCCCAUCCUCCUCCUGCCCCAACUCUCUCCCAGAAUCCGCCACCGCCAUGGCCGAGCAAGCGUCGUCCAAGCUCGCCUGAUCCCUUCCCCCGACCCCACCCCAACGAACCCGCGGCGGCCCCUCGCCGUGACGAACCCGUCGCCGCCGCCGCUGCCGCAGCCGGAGCCCGAGGAGACGAAGCGGACCCUCGCGGAAGCGGAGGGAGAAGAGGACGGGGGCAGGACGUGCGGGCUCCCGACGUGGGCGCUGGUCGGCGGCAUCACGGCGGGGGUGGCCGCGGCGCUGGCGCUGUCGGCGGGGGCCGGCCCGGCGGCGGCGCUGGGACCGGAGGGCCCGCUGGUGGAGGAGUUCUGGGACAACAUGCGGCGGUACGCGCUGUACGCGCUGACGGUGAGCACCGGGGUGGCAUACACGCUGCUGCAGCCCAUCGUGGAGCUGCUCAAGAACCCCGUCACGGCGCUGCUCAUCAUCGCCGUCAUCGCCGGCAGCGGCUUCCUCGUCUCCCAGGUGCUCAACGCCAUGGUCGGCAACUCCGACUUCAUCUACGACUACGCCCAGUAGCGCAGCAUCCCAACUCAAUCCCGUGUAAUACCUGUAUUUUUCAGCUAGAACAGGUGAGAUAUAUAUACUCGUCAAGUUUGCUUGUCAAAUGUGGUCGUGUUUGGCGCGCCUGGAGUGAAUUUGGAGCAAAAAUGGAGAAUUCAAUUAGAGUUUUGGACAAGAAAAAUCUCUAAACAUAAAUUUUAAAUUCUGAUUUACUAGAAA